UUAUCCACCCACCCAAACUUGGAGAGAAAGGGCUGGGGGAGAUUGUGUCCUCCUCUUUAGGUGAUGGAGUAACAGGGAACUAGGAGACAACAAAAUGAAGGUCAAUAACACCUUGGCCAAGGCUCUGUACGACAACAAGGCUGAGUGCUCGGAUGAGCUGGCAUUCCGUAAAGGAGACAUCCUGACAGUCCUGGACCAAAAUGUCAUUGGCAGUGAGGGGUGGUGGAAAUGUUCCCUGCAUGGCAGGCAGGGUCUGGCCCCUGCAAACCGCCUCCAGCUCCUCACCACCUCUCAGGCUGCCCCUCUGCCUCCUUCCACCCGUGGGGACUCUGGAGGGUCACCAGCAGGCCAACAAAACAUCUACCAGGUUCCCUCCAUCCCCAAGCCUACGGUGUCAUCAUCUACCUAUGAGAAGAUGGAGGGGUGGGUUAAAUCCCCAGCAAGGAUCUGUACCCUACCUGCCCAAGGAAUAUACCAAGUACCAGCCUUGGCUGCACAGCUGCUCAGUGAAAGGACCCAAAGCUCCACGCACCAGCACCUGCUCACUCUCCCAAGAGCAUGUCGAGCUUCAGUCCCAAAUAUCAGGAGUGAAGUGUAUGAUGUUCCAUCCACCCAGCACCUGGAAUCCUUCCUCACACAGAGUGGUGCCACCCCACCCACUGCACGGAAGGGCUCUGUGCUGGCCGAAUCCACCGAGUGUUUCCAGGAGGAUCAGAAGCAGCUUUACAACAUUCCAUCCAGCCCAGAAAAGGCAGGAGGUGUCACUCAGAAAGACACAGCAGGGAGCAAUUUAUAUGAUGUUCCUCCCAAAAGAGAAACUGAUGCUUCAGAAAAUGAAUCUCAGAAAAAGUUCUGGAGCCAUUACAAAACCUUGCCAAAUCCUCGGAAGUCAGAUUGGAUUUAUGAUGUUCCGGUGUCACCUGAAAAAACAGGAUUAAAACAAAAACCUUCUGGCCGUACCCGGGAGAACCAGGCACUGUAUGAUAUACCCCCAGCCAGGUACAAGCCACUAAUAACAAAUACUGAACCCAAAGCUGUAAAUCCACCAUUAUAUGAUAUUCCACCAACCCAAAGGAAAUUAACACUCCCAGAUAUCCGCCUUUAUGAUGUUCCAUCCUCACGGGACGUGCUCCUUUUGCCCCAAAAUGGUAGCAGUGAUGUAACCCCAAAUCUCCUGGCUCCAAAGGCUGAGAAUCAGAUCUCUGAAGAGAAUGUUUAUGAUAUUCCAAAAGGUUUGCCCACCCCCUGGCAGUCCAAGAAAGAGAUGGAAAAAGCCAGUGAAAGUUCUGGGGACCAAGGAUACAUCACUCCUCCACAGCUCUUGAGAGAUGCCAAACUAGAACAAGACAGAUUAUCUGUGUCCAGUGUGGAUAGCAGAGGCAGCACGCUCUCUACAUCUUUAAACUCUUCUGCUGACUCUACUUCUAUGUCAUCAGCAGAAGAGCCUGCCAAAGAAAUUAAAUUGGACCUGGAUGUGGCAAUAGAGACACUGACCAGUCUGCAGCACAGUGUAUCCAGCUCGGUUGCAAGUUUAAUGAUCUUUGUGAGCAGUAAAUGGAGAUUACAGGAGCACCUUGAGAAAAGCAUUGAAGAAAUCCGGAGAGCAGUUGAUCACAUAAAAGUAUCCCUGGGAGAAUUCUUGGCCUUUGCUCAAGUUGUGAAGGUAAAUGCUUCUUACCUGACUGAUAACAACCUUCAGACCAGAAUUAAAAAACAGCUUGAAAUUCUUAUGAACUCGUUCAAAAUCUUAACAGAAACAAGAGAAGCUCUGAACAGCUGCAGCUGGGCACUAGAGGCUUUGGUCCUGAAGAAACCUCAGAACAACCCAGAUGAUCUCGACCGCUUUGUCAUGGUAGCCCGCACAGUUCCAGAUGAUAUCAAGAGGUUUGUGUCCAUUAUCAUUGCUAAUGGAAAGCUGCUCUUCAGGAAAAAUGAGAAGGAACAAGACAUAAAGCCAUCAAAAGUCAGCCCAGAAUACAAAAUAGCAAAACAAUCCACAGCACCGAGAAGGAUAGAGACAGAUUCACUUCAAAGAAAUACUCCUGAUAAACUCAGCCAAAUUUGGGUCUCCUCUGAGAAAUCAAAUGAAAAUCCCACUGAUGACUGUGAAUAUGUGCAGCUCCAGGCACAGAAAAUCAGUUCAGUUAAAGAAGUAGCAAAGAAGAGUGCAGAUUCAAAACCAAAGGUUUUUCCACCUGCAAAAAAGACUGUCAUUCCAAGCCAGCAGGACUCUGCCAAGAAAAUUGCUCUGCCAGAACACUGCAAGCUGUGUUUCAGUGCACUUCACAAGGCAAUCAGUGUGUUCACCAGCAGCCUGAGCAGCAACCAGCCACCUGAAAUCUUCAUAUCCCACAGCAAAUUGAUCAUUAUGGUGGGACAAAAGUUAGUGGAUUCCCUCUGCCAGGAAACUCAGGAAAGAGAUGCUCGGAAUGAUGUUCUGCACAGCAGCAGCCGCUUCUGCAGCCUCUUGAAGAACCUGGCACUUGCCACCAAAAAUGCUGCAAUACAAUAUCCAAACCCAGACGCCUUAAGGGAGCUGCAGGAUCAAACUGAGGAGCUGUCCAAGUACACGCAGCAGUUUAGAGGAAUGAUGGAAUGAAAACACAAAUUCUUCAUUAUUGUUUCUCCUGCAGAACGUGGUAGCCGAGGGGGUAAACACAGCUCAGUGACACCAACCCUGUCACCUCCCAAAACCCCUGCCAGGUAGCUCCCUGGCUUUAGCAGGUGAGGAUCCAUGCAACAGCAGAUGCAGAAAAAGAUCUGAAAAUUGGAUUUGAACUUUCUUCUUCGUUUUUCAGAUUCUGCCUAGGAAUGUUGUAACCUUAGUAGCUGGGCAAGGAAUGUUCAGUGUGUAUUAGAGCAAAAUUAUUUUGUUAUCUGGCUGGUUUCUUAUUUUUUAAUUUCUACAUAGGUCAGAUAAUAGAGAUAAUAUUAUUUUUUUCCUAUCUGGGUAUGUAAAGUCUCUCUUUAAAUGUAGCUGCACAAUGUUCUGUAC